AUGGACCUGAAGGACAGGCGACAGCAUUCGCUGACCCGAGGUCGGUGCCGGAAAGAAAUGCAUUACGCCAUAUCGUCUGUGGGCGAGGAGGAGUGCUGUGUGACUACCCAGGGUUCUCUCAGCUCCUGCAGCACAUUCAAGGCCUACGAGCCAGGAGCUCGUCUGGGCUACAGAGAGUGUGUGGCUGAGCUGGUGUAUCAUGAGGCAGAGGAGUACAUCCAGCAAGGUAGGGAUUUCACACUGGCAGAGUUGGGAGUGUGUGAACCGCCCCAGCAGCAGAGCGUGCACUGUUCUGACCUGAGUCUACUGCAGCGUGGACGCUCGCAGAGCGCUGGCACCGGUACCGACUCUGACCCAGAGGGGGCCAUGAGCCCAGAGCACGCUAUCCAACUGUGGAGUGGCCAAGGCAACAAAUCCUGCUGCAGUUCUGGCCUGUCCAGCCGGGAGAACUCUGCCCUCACUCUCACUGACUCCGACAACGAAUACAAGAGUGACAAUGAAUCAGGUCGACCCCUCCCUCCCACGCCAUCAUCCAGCUUGCUCCCGCCAACCCCUCUUCCACCAUCCGGCGCCCCCCAUUCAACACCCUCAGCCAUUAGGGAAUGCCAGGUGCCCCUGCUGGACAGCGGCUCCUCUCACGCCAUGCUGGACCCCCCUCCUGACGACGAGUUCUCCCCAAACUCCUACCUUUUGCAAGCCUGCGCAGUCCCAACCCAGCCCCCCACUGCUGGUCCUUCAAGUCACCAUGGUCAGCCCUCUCUGAGGCCCCCCGUGCCCCCCCCUCACAACCACCACCAGUCCUCCGCCAACUCCCUGAAUCGGAACGCCCAUGCCGCGAGCCGACGCAACCCUGCCCAUGCGCCUACCUCCGCCCCUGCCGACGGUCCCUCCACUCCUGAGUCGGUCCAGCUCCAGGACAGCUGGGCACUAAACAGCAGCGUGCCAUUGGAGACAAGGCACUUUCUUUUCAAAACUCCGUCGGGGACAACCCCCCUCUUCAGUAGUUCCUCCCCCGGAUAUCCGCUGACCUCAGGGACGGUCUACUCCCCGCCCCCCAGGCUCUUACCUAGAAACACAUUCUCCAGAAGCUCCUUCAAACUCAAGAAGCCCUCCAAGUACUGCAGCUGGAAGUGUGCAGCUGUCUCAGCCAUCACUGCUGCCGUCCUAUUGGCUGUCCUGCUUUCCUACUUCAUCGCUCUGAACCUGCUGGGGCUCAACUGGCGUCUGAAACCAACUGACAGGCAUUUAGUCAGCAACGGACUCAACACUGGCAUACCCACCAUCGGCGACGCGGCAACAGCACCCACCGGAGAACGAGGGCCUUGGUUGUUUCGAAACACCAGUAUAAACAGUGGGGUGUUGGAGAUCGGUCGGCGGGUUAGUCAGGAUGUGCCCCCUGGUGUGUUUUGGAGGUCUCUGCUGCACCUGCGGGAGCCUCAGUUCCUCAAGUUCAAUAUCUCCUUGGGAAAAGAUGCCUUGUUUGGGGUCUAUAUGCGCAAAGGUCUACCACCUUCCCAUGCACAGUAUGAUUAUAUGGAGCGGCUGGAUGGAAAGGAGAAGUGGAGUGUCGUGGAGUCUCCACGAGAGAGGCGCAGUAUCCAGACAGUGGUCCAGAACGAGGCCAUAUUCGUACAGUACCUGGACCCUGGCACAUGGCAUCUGGCUUUCUAUAACGACGGCAAAGAGAAGGAGGCUGUCUCCUUCAGCACUGUGGCCCUAGAUUCCGUGCAAAAGUGCCCACAGAAUUGCCAUGGCAACGGAGAGUGUAUGUCAGGGGUGUGUCAUUGCUUCCCAGGCUUCCACGGCACAGACUGCUCUAAAGCCGCUUGCCCAGUGCUGUGCAGUGGAAACGGGCAGUAUAAGAAGGGAACGUGUAUAUGCUACAGUGGAUGGAAGGGUGUGGAGUGUGACGUACCCGCCGGUCAGUGUGUCGACCCAGACUGCAGUGGGCAUGGCACCUGCGCCGAAGGCACCUGUACCUGCUCCCCUGGUUACCGUGGAGACAAUUGCGAGAAAGUGGACUGUUUGGAUCCAGGAUGUUCUGGACAUGGCAGUUGUGUGGAUGGGCAGUGCCACUGUAAACCCGGUUGGUCAGGGCCUCUGUGUGACCAGCCGCAGGCUCAGUGCCCAGACCAGUGCCACGGUCAUGGGGCAUACAUCCCAGACACAGGCCUCUGCAGCUGUGACCCCAACUGGAUGGGCCCCGACUGCUCAAUGGAGGUGUGCUCGACCGACUGCGGGAGCCAUGGCGUGUGUGUGGGAGGUGUGUGUCAUUGUGAGGAGGGCUGGACAGGUGUAGGCUGCGACCAGCGUGUGUGUCACCCUCAGUGUGUGAAGCAUGGGACCUGCCGUGAUGGGAAGUGCCAGUGCGAGCAAGGCUGGAACGGAGAACACUGCACGAUCGAUGGGUGUCCAGGUCUGUGCAGUGGCAAUGGGCAAUGCAUUCUGGUGCAGAACAGCUGGCACUGCGAAUGUCACACAGGCUGGCGGGGUCCUGGCUGCAACGUUGCCAUGGAGAUCUCCUGUGCAGACAACAAGGACAAUGAAGGAGACGGACUGACUGACUGUAUGGAUCCUGACUGCUGUAUACAGAGCGUGUGUUUGACCAAUCCGCUGUGUCGUGGGUCACCCGACCCUCUCCAACUCGUGCAGCAGAGCCAAUCAUCUGGCCAGUACCUCCGCUCCUUUUACGACAGGGUCAAGAUGCUGGUAGGCAGAGAUGGUACCCACUAUAUCCAAGGAAACAAUCCUUUCAAUGCCAGUCUGGUGUCUUUGAUCCGAGGCCAGGUCUUAACAGUAGAUGGUACUCCGUUGGUUGGAGUUAACGUGACGUUUGUGAAAUACUCUCACUAUGGUUACACCAUGACCCGACAGGACGGCACGUUUGACCUGCUAGCUAAUGGAGGAGGUUCCCUGAUGCUGCGUUUUGAGCGCGCUCCGUUUCUGACUCAGGAACAGACUGUCUGGUUGCCGUGGAACAGGUUCUACGUGAUGGACACAGUGGUUCUGAAAACUGAGAAGAGCGUCACUUCUGGCUGUGACCUGAGCGGUUAUGCACAGCCUAAUCCCGUGGUGGUAACCUCACCCCUCUCCGCGUUCUACAGCUCCAGCCCCACAGAGAAACACAUCAUCCCAGAGAGCCAGGUGCUUCAUGAGCAAAUAGAGAUCCCGGGCACGAGUCUGAAGUUGAGUUACCUGAGCUCUAGAGCAUCAGGUUAUCGUUCGCUGCUCAAAGUGAUAAUGACACCAGCCCUGGUGCCUCUCAGCCUGGCCAAGGUCCACCUGAUAGUGACAGUAGAGGGACAGCUCCUCCAGAAGUGGUUCCACGCUUCGCCCAACCUGGCCUACACCUUCAUCUGGGACAAGACUGACGCCUAUAGGCAGAGGGUGUAUGGCCUGACUGAGGCUGUGGUGUCCGUGGGUUAUGAGUAUGAGAUGUGCCCCUCGCAGAUCCUGUGGGAGAAAAGAACUGCAGUGCUGCAGGGCUUUGAGCUUCUUCCAUCUAACCUAGGAGGCUGGUCUUUGGACAAACACCACAUGCUCAACAUUUACAGCGGAAUCCUGCACAAAGGCAAUGGUGAAAAUGUCUUUGUGUCAGAACAACAGCCACCCAUCAUCACGAGCAUCAUGGGUAACGGGCGCCGACGCAGUAUCUCGUGCCCAAGCUGCAGCGGCCUGGCAGAGGGCAACAAACUCCUUGCACCUGUAGCUUUGGCCUGUGAUGGAGAGGGCAGCCUGUACGUCGGUGACCUGAACUUCAUCCGCCGAGUCUACCCCUCCCUGAACACCACAGCCAUACUAGAACUCAGAAACAAGGACCUUAGACAUGGCAACAGCCCGACUCAUAAAUACUACCUAGCCGUGGACCCCGUCUCUCAGGCUCUGUUCCUGUCCGACACCAACUCUCGGCAGAUCUACCACGUGCGCUCUCUGACCGGCACCCGGCCACUGCUGGACAAUGCCCAGGUGGUGGCAGGAACCGGUGAACAGUGUGUGCCUUUCGAUGACGCGCGCUGUGGAGAUGGUGGAAAAGCCAUAGAGGCCACGCUCAUGAGCCCCAGGGGCAUUGCAGUAGAUAAGAAUGGUCUCAUGUACUUUGUGGAUGCGACCAUGAUUCGUAAAGUGGACCAGAAUGGUAUUAUCUCCACCCUGAUUAAGACCAACGACCUGACUGCAGUACGCCCCCUCAGCUGUGACUCCAGCAUGGACAUCAGUCAGGUACGUCUGGAGUGGCCCACUGACCUGGCCAUCAACCCUAUGGACAACUCUCUGUACGUGCUGGAGAACAACGUGGUUCUGCGCAUCACUGAGAACCACCAGGUGAGCAUCAUUGCUGGCAGGCCCAUGCAUUGCCAGGUACCAGGCAUCGACUACUCCCUCAGCAAACUGGCCAUCCACUCCACCCUGGAAAGCGCCACCGCCAUCGCGCUGUCUCCCUCCGGUGUUCUCUACAUUGCCGAGACAGACGAGAAGCGCAUCAACCGCGUGCGCCAAGUGAGCGCAUCCGGUGAGAUCUCACUGCUGGCAGGUGCAGCCUCGGAGUGCGACUGCAAGAACGACGUCAACUGCAACUGUUUCUCGGGCGACGAGGGCUUUGCCGCUGAUGCCAGCCUGAAUGCACCCGCCUCACUUGCAGUCUCUCCCGACGGCACUCUCUACAUCGCAGACCUCAACAACAUUCGUGUGCGUGCCGUCCGUAGCAACCGGCCCAAUGCCACUGCGGGCGGGCAGUACGAGGUGGGCUCAGCGCUGGAGCAGGAGCUGUACAUGUUCAGCGAGGAUGGAAGGCACAGACAGACCAUCAGCCUCGUCACAGGACUGCCCCUCUACAACUUCAGCUACGGGCCGGACGGAGAGCUAACCUCCAUCACCGACAACUGCAACAACACGGUUCGAAUUCGAAGAGAUGGUGCCGGUCCACUCCGUCUGGUGCUGCUGCCGGAGAACCAGGUGGUCACCCUGGGAUUGGACCCAACCGGAGCCCUGCGCUCCGUAUCUGCGUUCAACCAGGAGGUUGCAUCGCUCACCUAUUCUGCCAGUACUGACCUGCUAGCCUCUAAGGUGGAUGAAACGGGCUGGACCAACUUUUAUGAGUAUGACGGUGAAGGUCGCCUCACCAACGUCACGUACCCUACAGGUUUGGUCACCAGUCUCCAUCGUGAGAUAGAGCAGUCGAUCAACAUUGACGUUGAGAGCUCCAAUAGAGAUGACGAUGUCACUAUCAUAACCAAUUUGUCCUCUGUGGAGGCUUCCUAUAUUGUGGUUCAAGACCAAGUCCGCAACAACUACCAGCUCUACCGCAAUGGUACGCUGCGGGUGUCCUACGCUAGUGGCUUAGGAGUCAGCUUCCACACUGAGCCUCAUGUCCUGGCAGGUUCUGCUACCCCCACCAUUGGACGGCGUAACAUCACACUGCCCACUGAUAGUGGACUGAACUCCAUUGAGUGGAGAAUGAGGAAGGAGCUUACCAAGGGCCAGAUUGCUGUGUUUGGCAGGAAGCUACGUGCACAUGGUAGGAACCUUAUAUCCAUCGAUUAUGACCGAACUACACGCACUGAGAAGAUCUAUGAUGACCAUCGAAAGUUCAUGCUGCGCAUCAUUUACGAUGCCCAGGGCCGACCAGCAACGUGGUUGCCAAGUAGCAGCUUGGCCUUAGUCAACGUGUCGUAUUCACCAACUGGCCAAUUGAUCGGCUUGCAGAGGGGCAGCAUGAGUGAGAAGAGGGAAUUUGAUACCUUCGGCCGAAUCUCAUCCCGUACCUUUGUGGACGGGAAGGUCUGGAGCUUCAGCUACUUGGAUAAGUCUAUGGUGUUGCUCCUGCAGCAGAGUCAGAAGCAAUACGUCUUUGAGUUUGACACAUCUGGCCGCCUCACUGCUGUCACCAUGCCAAGCAUGGCCAGGCAUACCAUGUCCACACAUGUAUCACUGGGCUACAUCCGCAACACCUACAACCCUCCUGAGAGCAACGCCACAGUCAUCCAUGACUUUGAUGAAGAAGGUCGCCCGUGUGCAACCUUUUACUUGGGCACAGGCCGCCGUGUGCUCUACAAGUACGGCAAGUUGGCCAAGCUCUCUGAGGUGCUCUACGACGCCACCGCCGUCACCUUCGGCUAUGAUGAUACAGCUGGUGUCCUUAAAAUGGUCAACCUACAAAGUGGCGGCUUUUCUUGCACAAUCCGUUACCGCAAAUUAGGCCCCCUAGUGGACAAACAGAUGUACCGAUUCUCUGAAGAGGGCAUGGUGAACGCUCGCUUCGAUUACACCUACCAUGACAACAGCUUCCGUGUGGCUAGCAUCAAGCCAGUAAUCGGUGAGACACCUCUGCCUGUUGAUCUUUACCGUUAUGAUGAGAUCUCGGGAAAAGUGGAGCACUUUGGCAAGUUUGGCAUCAUCUACUAUGAUAUCAACCAGAUAAUUACCACAGCAGUGAUGACACUUAGCAAGCACUUUGACACGCAUGGGCGCAUCAAGGAGGUACAGUAUGAGAUCUUCCGUUCGCUCAUGUACUGGAUGACGGUGCAGUAUGACAGCAUGGGCCGUGUGAUCAAGCGAGAACUGAAGAUUGGGGCCUACGCCAACACCACGCAGUAUCGCUAUGAGUAUGAUGCCGACGGCCAGCUCAGCAGUGUCAAGAUCAAUGACUGGUCUACCUGGCGCUACAGCUAUGACCUGAAUGGCAACCUGCACCUGCUCAACCCAGGCAACAGCGCACGGCUCCUACCGCUUCGUUAUGAUCUGCGAGACCGGAUCACACGACUGGGUGACAUACAGUAUCGAUUAGAUGAGGAUGGUGUUCUCUGUCAGCGAGGUUCUGACAUUUUUGAGUACAACUCCAACGGGCUGCUUGAGCGUGCCUACGGUCGAGCAGCCGGGGGCUGGAGUGUACGUUACCGCUAUGACGGCCUGGGUCGGCGCAUCUCUCGCCGCACUGGCGAUGGUGAACAUCAGCAGUAUUUCUAUGCUGACCUCAUUUACCCAACACGGGUCACACACAUGUAUAAUCACUCACGAUCGGAGAUCACCACAUUUUAUUAUGACCUGCAAGGUCAUCUGUUUGCCAUGGAGGUGAGCAGUGGUGAAGAAUACUACAUAGCCUCUGACAACACAGGCACACCACUAGCUGUCUUCAGUGGUAAUGGCCAGAUGGUGAAAGAGCUGAAAUAUACUGCCUAUGGAGAGAUCUACCAUGACUCAAACCCAGAUUUUCAGCUUGCUCUGGGGUUCCAUGGAGGCCUCUAUGAUCCUCUCACCAAGCUAGUGCAUUUUGGUCAGAGGGACUAUGAUGUGCUGGCUGGACGUUGGACUGCACCUGAUCACAAACUGCUGUCCAAGAUCAGCAAGGAACCAGCCCCAUUCAAUCUCUAUAUGUUCAAGAGCAACAACCCUCUUAGUGACAUGAUCGACAUAAAGAAUUAUGUUACAGAUGUGAAGAGCUGGCUGGUCAUGUUUGGUUUUCAGCUGAACAACAUCAUUCCUGGUUUUCCUAGACACCCUUUGUCCUUUGUUGACCCUCUUUAUGAGCUGCUUGCCAGCCAGGACUGUGACAGUGCUCAGAUCUUUACUGGUAUCCAGCACACAGCAGAGAAACACAAUCAAGCUUUCAUGGCAUUGGAGGGGCGGCUGCUAAACAAGCGGAGGCGCAUAAGGCGUGACAAGCCUGGCUAUUGGUUUGGCACCAGCAUUCCUAUUGUUGGUAGGGGCAUGAUGCUGGCAGUCAAGGAAGGCCAUGUGUUGACUGGCCUGACAACUGUGGCUAGCGAAGACAGCCGCAAGAUUGCCCAGGUACUUGCCAGUGCCAUGUACCUGGAGGGCACACACUACACCAUUGACGGUCGAGACUGGCACUUCUUUGUGAAGCCGGGUUUGGCUGACAGCGAUCUGCUUGCUCUCGGGCUCAACGGCGGGCACAAGACGUUGGAGGGCGGUCUCAACAUUACAGUGAGCGGACGUGCACGUCGUGGUGCCAUCACAGUGGAGAUCCACGCAGCUGCACUCACCUUCAGUGUGCGGUAUGGGCUGACUACUGACGCAGUAGAAAAGGAGCGGGCUCACGUUCUUGAGCAAGCCCACCAAAGGGCACAAGCAGGGGCCUGGGCCAAAGAGCUGCUGUUGGCUCGUGAAGGCAGAGAUGGAGGAUGGUCCUGGACAGAAGCAGAGAAGCAGCAACUGCUCGCCAUGGGUAAAGUUCCAGGCUAUGAGGGUUACUAUGUGCUACCAGUGGAGCAGUAUCCCGAGCUUGCUGACAGCAGUGCUAAUAUUCAGUUCCUCAGACAGAAUGAGAUGGGCAGGAGGUAACAGACCUGCACUGCUCACUUCUUCUCCUACGGAGAGGACGUUGACAAGUGCUUAGAUGGUCUUGAAGACUCCAGAGAAACCACAGUCAC